CCGCCGAUGCUGUCUCCGGUGGGGGAGCUCCUUCGCCGCGGCAAGAGAAGUUUGGGGGGACCGGCGGCCUGCUUGGCGGUUCGGGAAUCCGGCGGGAGGCUGAGGUGAACUCCGACGGCGGGGGGUUUGUGGGAAAUGGGCGCUCAAGAACGAGGCGAGGGACGGUGCCUGUUUAUUCGGCUCCUCAGUGGCCUGAAAUGCAUUAUUUUGAAGAGGAAUUAACUUGUUCUAUUUGCUACAGUAUAUUUGAUGAUCCUCGUGUACUGCCAUGUUCACAUACAUUUUGUAGAAAUUGUUUGGAAAGUAUUCUUCAGAUAUCAAGCAAUUUUUCCAUAUGGCGCCCCCUUAGGCUUCCUCUGAAAUGUCCUAACUGUAGAAGUAUUGUUGAAAUUCCUCCAUCUGGUACAGACUCUUUGCCUGUAAACUUUGCAUUAAAGGCUAUUAUUGAAAAGUAUCAACAAGAGGAUCAUCCUGAAGUUGCUACCUGCAGUGAGCAUUAUAGACAGCCACUAAAUAUUUACUGUCUACUAGACAGAAAACUUGUGUGUGGCCAUUGUCUUACCAUAGGAAAACAUCAUGGCCAUCCCAUAGAUGACCUACAAAGUGCCUACAUGAAAGAAAAAGAAACUCCUGGAAGACUCCUUGAGCAGUUGACAGAUAAACAUUGGAGUGAAGUUUGUUUGCUUAUUCAGAAUCUAGAGGAACAGAAAGCUCAGUGUGGGAGCAUUGUUCAGGAGGAUAAAAAAACAGUUUUGCAAUAUUUUAAGAGACUUGGAGAUGCGCUUGAUCAGAAAAAACAAGCUUUACUUGCAGCUCUGGAUGAUGUAAAUAUGCAAAUUGAGACAGAAUAUGAACCUCUCCUAGAAAUGUUGAAAGGAAUACGAGAAGAGCAACUUGAGUUAAUGUCACUGAAUACAUCGUUUCAGGAGGACGAGUCUCCUCUUCACUUUCUGGAGAAAGUUGAGGAAAUACGUCAACGUGUUAAAAUUUUAAGGGAAAAACCGUUACCAAUGAUUAAGCCGGUUGAAAUCCAUCCUCGAAUAGGACAGGUGUUAAAAGAUGUGUGGAACAAAAGUGAAAUUAAUCAGAUUAACAAAAUUCUCACUCCCAAAAUAAAGCUAAUUUCAAAGCAAAAAGUAUGUACCCAGGAUUGUGACAAUGAGACUAAACCAGCUAAAAAAUCCUUCUGGUCCUUAAGUCCUUUGGCAAUUAUAUUACUUUCUUUUAUUCUUCUUACUGCUGCCUUUAGCCAACAUAUAUUAAUCUUCAUAAAUGAAAUAAUUUUUCCAUAUAUUUUUAAUACCUUGCAGAUAAUUUAUCAAGAUUUAAGUAAAAGAUUGCACAUAGCAGUGGAAAACACUAUGAUAUACCCCUGAUUUAAAUGAAUAAUGUUUUUGCUUUCAAUAGCAGCUUUUUGCCCUGCUAAGAAAAAUAUCUGAAUUCUAAUGGAUUUAAUUUUAGCUUGAUGUUAAAUUAAGGUUUAACUGAUAUCAAUGUCUUUUGUCAAAAGUGUCAGAAGAUGAAAUUACCUAGCAUUGCAAAUAGGCCAGUAACAGCCUGUAGUAUUUGGACAAAUGUUCAGUUUCUUCUCAAUGUGCAUGCAGGGGUAAUCUCUUCCCACAGAAGAGCAUGUAAAGAUUGUGUGAGAAUUGAGGUGAACUAUAGGAUCCUUAGGGCUGUCUGAGCUUGUUUGUUUUUUUACAGAUGUUUUAUUACCCAAGGUAAGGAACCCUAGGUAACAUCAUCAACCACUAAGAACACUUCUACCAACACUGACAGGGCAAGACACUUGUACAUAAACAGAACAAACCUCACUCACUUCUAGUAGUAAUGGUGUUAGUUGGGUAAUGUAAUGUCUGCAAGAAAACAAGUUUAGAUGGCACCAGGGACCCCACAGUUCAACCCUAACCUAAAAUAUUCUCUUCUUUUGGGAUCAAGGUUGAGUUUGUCUUGCCUUGAUGGUUUAAUCUGGUCGCAUCUUUGUUAUCUUCACAUCCAUAAUUUUUAUACACUAUUGAUUUAUGUAACAUAAUACUAAUAAUCCUAAAACUUUAUUUUAAAUUGCUUUUCCCGUUAGAACAAAUAUUGAAGACUAAAUAUUUUUAAGUGUUUUCUUAUGAAAAAGGAAGUUAGAUGAAACAUUUUAGUCAGUUCUGAUAUAGCAUGACUAGGAAAGAUAAAAAAAUAUUUUUAUUAAUUCCUUUAAUUAGAGAUACUGACGGAUAGGGAAGCAUAUAUUUCUAGUCUUAAACAUUUAAAAUUUAUAUUACAUCAUCUGAGUUUUCAUAAAGCUUAAUAAUUUUUUAAAGAUCAGCAUUUGCAAUAAAUCUCCCAGGGGUUGUAGUUUUAGUUCCACAAAGAUUUGAGCCUGUCAUUUCAAACAAGAGCAUUAUAGUUCCUCAACAAUAAUGUUAUAACUGGUUGCUAUUUGACAUAUUUCACUGAGGCCUUCAUUUUUCUCGGAAGACAUAAUAUUAAAUAGCAGUGAGAGAGAGAACUUUCCAGUAAAUAACCUGGCAUUACCUGACAAGAUUAUCAUGAAUUGCCAGAAGAGUUUUAAAAUGAAUUAUGCUUGAUAAUGAACUGAUCCUGGCAGUUUUUAGUUCAUGCAAAUAGCAGUGAAAAUUAUUAAAUGAACUAAAGAAGCAGGGCCUAUCAGCUUCAGAAUAGAGUUUAAUGAGUUUGCUAUAAAGAUUAAUGGACUUGUUUAACAUGGUUUCAUGUUGCGAAAAGAGAUGUUUAGUUGUUACCACAUAAAAUGCGAUUACUAAAAAGGAAUACAUAUACACUAUAAAUGUGGUUUCAGAAUAAAUAUUGUCAUCAUCCUUAACUGUAGCUGGUUCAACAUAAACACAGCAGAAGAGCCUGGAAGAAAAUAUAUUUUAAAUAAUGUACGGUAGUAGCAUCUUUUCUGUUAGACAUACCAUAUAUGGUGUACAGCAGCUGCAUGAUCAGGGAGUAGGGUUUUUUGGAAUUUGCUAUCUCCAUCCUCAGUAUUGAUUCAUUCAUGCUUUUAAAUUUUAAAAUUUGUAAUGGGUUUUUCAAGUUUCAGAAUUUGUACUUUUAAUUAAUAAAAAAAUCAUUUAGCUAUAAUUGUAUUAAUAGUUAUAUUUUUGAAGCUAUAUUAAAUAAGUGUAGAAAAAUAAACUGUUCUUGGGAAAGACUGAGAUUGUAAAUGAUAAGAAACACCA